UGUCAAACUUGGUUUGUUCCACUUCCGGUUCGAGGUGCACAUGUAGCUUGCUCGCUGCGGACUUUUCGCUCAAAUAGAUAAAAAAACAAACACAUUUUUCCGUGUAAAGACGCUUUUUAAGAGGCGCUAUGGCUAAGAAGAAGGCUGGAGGAGCACUUGGCAGAGCUUUGAUUAAAGAAAGACUUCAGGCAAGCCGCGGCAACAAGAGGUUCGACACUUGGCUGCACACCAGCGAGCUGAACGACGGCUAUGACUGGGGACGCUUGAACCUGCAGUCGGUGACGGAGCAAAGUUCCAUGGACGACUUUCUGGCCACUGCUGAGCUGGCAGGAACAGAGUUUGUUGCAGAGAAACACAACAUCAAGUUCGUGCCAGCGGACGCCAGAGCAGGUUUGCUGUCAGCUGAGGAGACCAAGAGACUCAAGAACCUGCACGAAGACAACAAACAUUUCCUCCGAAUUCCUCGGCGGCCGCAGUGGGACCAAAGCACCAGCGCAGAGGCUCUCCAGCAGGCCGAGCGGGACAGCUUCCUGGAGUGGAGGAGAGAGCUGGCACGGCUGGAAGAGGAGCAGAAGCUGAUCCUCACGCCGUUUGAGAGGAAUCUGGAGUUCUGGAGGCAGCUGUGGCGCGUCAUCGAGCGCAGCGACGUGGUGGUUCAGAUCGUGGACGCCAGGAACCCCGCCUUGUUCCGAUGUCCCGACCUGGAGGCCUACGUCAGAGAGGUGUCGCGGGACAAGGUGAACAUGCUGCUGGUCAACAAGGCCGACCUGCUGACCAGGGAGCAGAGGAGAGCCUGGGCCGCGCACUUUGACCGAGAAGGUCUGAGGACCGUGUUCUGGUCCGCUCUGGCUGAAAGCGACAGGCUGGAUGCGGAGGAGAAGGGCGUGGGGGCGGAGCCUCCACAAAGUGAGGAGAGCGAGCAAGAAGAUGGAGACGAGGAGGAGGAGGAGGAGGAGGAGUGGCUAACCUGCUCUGAAGGUGAAGGUGAAAGUGAAGGUGUGACAUGUCAGUCCAGCUUUCGUAACUCCAGUCGGCUGCUGCACAAGGACCAGCUGUUGGAGACCUUGAAGAAGGUCCACAGCGGGCCGCCAUGCAAAGAGGGUCAACUGACAGUGGGACUGGUGGGCUAUCCCAACGUGGGCAAGAGUUCAACCAUCAACACCAUUCUCAGAGACAAGAAAGUCUCUGUGUCAGCAACUCCUGGACACACCAAGCACUUCCAGACUUUGUUCGUGGAACCAGGACUGUGCCUGUGCGACUGCCCGGGUCUGGUCAUGCCCUCGUUUGUGUCCACCCGGGCCCAGAUGAUCUGCUGUGGCAUCCUGCCCAUCGACCAGAUGAGGGACCACGUGCCCGCCAUCUCCAUCGUCUGCCAGACCAUCCCUCGACAUGUCCUGGAGGGCACGUACGGCAUCAACAUCAUCCGGCCUCGGGAGGAUGAAGACCCCGACAGACCUCCCACCUCAGAGGAGCUGCUGACGGCUUAUGGAUACAUGCGAGGCUUCAUGACGUCACACGGCCAGCCUGAUCAGCCCAGAUCUGCUCGAUACAUCCUCAAGGACUAUGUCAACGGAAAGCUUCUGUACUGCCAUCCUCCUCCCGGUAUCCAUGACGACCACUUCCAGCCGCAGCACGCCACAUUCCCCAGGAGAGAUGUGGACGCGGGCCACUCAUCUUCCUCCGCCAGCAACAACCACAAAGUCAAGAGGAUAGAAAAUGUGGUGGACAAGAACUUCUUCCACGCGGACAACGUGCGGGCGCUGUGCAAGGGAGUCCAGUCCGUAAUGGGCUACAAAGUGGGCUGUGGGCUGGCAGCAGCAGAAACGACACAAAGAAGUGACAACAAGUCCUGGAAAAAACACGGCAACAGAAAUAAGAAGGAGAAAGUACGUCGACUCACCAAACAUCUUGAUGCAUAAAUCAUAAUUCUACUUCAACAUGGGACUUUAUUUUAUCCACAUCAUCACAUCAGUCCAAGAAUAAAACCCUGACAUAGAACACGUA